AUGUUCUACUCUCACCAGCUUCUCGCGAGGAAAGCUCCAAUGGGGCAGAUCUGGAUGGCUGCAACGCUGCAUGCGAAGAUCAAUAGGAGGAAGCUCAAUAAACUCAACUUAGUUAAGAUCUGCGAGGAAAUAUUGAAUCCGGCAGUUCCGAUGGCUCUCAGACUCUCUGGCAUACUCAUGGGUGGAGUGGUGAUCGUCUACGAGCGGAAGGUGAAGAUCCUCUACGACGAUGUUCAACGUCUACUGGUAGAGAUCAAUGAGGCAUGGAAAGUGAAAUCCGUUGCAGAUCGCAACGUCCUUCCCAAAGGAAAAUUUCAGGCCAAAUACGAAGCUGUCACCCUGCCAGACCAUCAUCAAGAAAUGGAGGUCGGCGUUGGCGAUCCAUCCGAUUAUAAGCAUUUUUCCAUGUUUGAGUGGGUGGUUUUUGUGAUUCUCGACUGGAAAAUGGUUGUCAGAGUUCAAUGGGUUAUCUGGGCUGCCGGGAAUCGGCAUUUCGUCUUGGGAUUUUCGAGAGAGGCUACUUUGCAUGUCUCUACUGAUUUUGGGAGUCACUGUUAUGAUGUUGGGGAAGCUCUACAGAGGUCCCCGUGGGGACAGCCGAAUGAUCUGUGGGCUCUUAAAGGUGCCCUCUGCAACCUUCUUUGCACAAGGAAUAUACUGUGUCCUGUAACUUCAUUCACAAAUAAAACUCUCCUUGAAUCACUAUGGAAUAAAGAAAAUGAUUUCUAUUUUGAUAAUUUAUUUUUCUUUUUCAAUAGCAUCAAGUCAUUUUUGAACGAUCAUCAUUUAUUUAGUUAUUUUGUCCAUGCCAUGCAGCGACUGGAUGAAGUCGACAUUCCCAACAUCAACAACUCUCCUGAAGGUGAUGAUAACUUCAAGCAUCACCAUCAAGCUGAUGCUGAUAACAUCACAUUAUUGGACCCUUUUGAUUCAUACCAGAUGGAUGCAGAUCUAUAUAAUCGCUUUCAGAGGUUUGAUAUUGAAGGAGAUGAAGGCACACAGUUGAACUCAAGUCCUCAAGAGCACUCCCCGGUCCCGAUGACUCUGGUAUCCUCACCACCUCCACAAGAGGAGCCUCAACCAGCUACUGAUAUCCAAGGACAGAAUCCAGAACGUCAUGGUACUCAAGACACUUUUCAGCCCCAGCAGAAUGAACAGAAUCGUGGUCCAACAAAACAGAAACCAAGAAGAGAACCGAAGUGCUUUGUUAUGGAUUAUGAGAAAACCAUUAUCCCAGGGCAAACUUACCAAUCUUGGCUUGAGAACCCUUCUGACAUUGUCUCGACAAAAGGAAAGAGGAAGAACAUCAACCUUAGGUCUGCCAUGAAGACAGCUGGCCUAAUGGACCUCCCACCAGUGGCACUUUGUGGGUUAUCAGGACAUAAAAACAGAAAAGUUCACUAUCCUCCAUCUCUUAUGGAGCUGUGGCUGAGAUGCACCCAGCUUCGAACCACUGAUGCUUCAAUUUCUGUCUUGCCAGCAGGAAGAACUUCUGCGACCCAACUUCUGGAACCAUUUUUACCGUCUUCAUCAAGUGAGACGCAUGAUCAAUUCCCCAUGGCAUUUCCUUUGGAGGAUCUUCCCAACGGAGAUGAUUAUCAGCCAUUUGAAGUCCCCAUGGAGAAUCCAGUUGUCAACCUUAACAACAUUAAAGUGCCAUGGGAUGUCUCUGCAGAGAAACUAAUGCCCGAUCAUAUCAACAAUGAAUUCCCAUGGAAAGUCUCCACUGGAACACGAGGGAUCAAUCUUGUGGACUUUGAAAUGCCCAUAAAUGAGGCCAACCUGCUCGUGACACCAGGAAAUUCUGGAAGCAAUGCAGGUUCCAUUCCCAGCUCGGAAUCUGGACAUGGUUUCCAGAUACAUAUCCAAGAACUCCAGCUGCAUUCUGAAAGGUCCAGCAAAAAAAGACCUUAUUCUUCAUCACACAGCCGAAGCAAUCUUGAAUCAGUGGCAGAGGAGCCAUCAGCACUAUUCGAACAAGGUUUCAAGCUCCCAGGAGUAUAUGAAAAUGGGCCCACCCCAGAUCAUGAACUGUUGGUGGAAACUGGGCCUACUCCAAGCCAACAUCCUAUUGUCAAUCACCCUAUUGACAAAAUCACUGAUACGAUGCGGAAGUAUCUGAAGACACAUUUUGACAUGCCGGGGGUUCCUCAAGUCGAAUCUCUCAAUCACCUGGCCUUUGGGAUGGAAAGACGUAAGGCUGCCCAGCUAUUCUACCAAACAUGCGUUCUUGCUACCCAUGACUUCCUUAGAGUUGAGCAGACUAUGGCGUAUGGGGACAUCCUAAUAUCUAGAGGAUCAAAAAUGUGAGUGGAGAAUAGGGAUGAAAGAUGAUCACCUUGCAUUAUUCAAGUUAUAAUGGAGAGUGACAAUUCGAAAAGUUUAAGUAGAAAGAGGCUAUUCUUCCUCUCUCAAAUUUCUUAAUGUUGUAAACAUUACAAAACGAGUUGGAAGUUUUAUACAGGCAAGUAGGAAAAGAGGGUAGCUUGUCCUCUUUUCUUAUUGUU